UGACACAAUUUUCAACUGAAAUGGAUGUGGCUGAUCCGCUUAUUUUUGGAAAGAACUCAACUACUUAUAGAAACUGAAUCAACUAAACUUUUAUAGCAACAAUUAGAUUUACAUUAAGAUGGUUAAGAACAUAGAAUUUACCUCAAAAGAUUUGAUCAAACCAUCAACUCCAACUCCUCGUCAUCUUAGAAACUACAAACUUUCAUUUCUUGAUCAGAUUGCUCCUCCUGCAUACGUAAGAGUCAUUCUUUUCUAUGAACAUAUCAUCAAUACUCCGCUUGAAACAUCACAAUUACUUAAAAAAUCUCUCGCAAAAACGCUAACCCGAUUCUAUCCUUUAGCUGGUCGAGUCGUAAAUGAUUUCGUAAUCGAAUGCAACGACGAGGGUGCGGAGUAUAGCGAAGUUCGGGUUCCAUUUAAAUUGUGUGAAGCUAUAGAAAGUAAAGAUGCUAAGGAGAUUAAAAUGUUGUUUCCGUAUGAUAUGCAUUUUGAUAUCAAGAAUGAAGCUAUGCUUGCUGUGCAAUUUAAUGUGUUUGAUUGCGGUGGAAUUGCUAUUGGUUUGUCUUUUUCGCACAAGAUUGUUGAUGGUACUUCAGUGACUGCUUUUCUUCAUGCUUGGUCUGCUUUUACUCGAGGGGCUACUGUUAUCAACGGUUUGGAUCUUGAUUCUGCCCUUCAUUUUCCUCCAACAAAUGUAUCAGGUUAUAACAGGCCAACGAAAGGGAACAUAAACAGAGACAAGAUAGCUACAAAAAGAUUCAAGUUCAGCAAAUCAAGCAUAGCUGCUCUAAGAGAAGCUGCAGCCAAGCCGGAGACAACUCGUUACGAGGUGAUCACCGCCUUUAUAUGGAGGCGAUUGAUGGCAAUUUUCGAAUCAAAGCAAGAGCCAAAAAAAAAAUUAGAGUACGCAGCAGUUCACGCUGUAAAUCUUCGAGCAAGAAUGGUGCCUCCCUUGACUAGUAAAUCCUUCGGAAACAUCUGGCAGUACGCGGUCGCAUCAUCACCAUCAUCGGCAAAUCUUGAAAUUCAGAAUCAGAAUAACAAUCAAGAAACUUGUCAUAGCACACUAGUGAGCCAGACAAGCAAAACAAUUAGAGAUAUUAAUGGAGAUUAUGUGAAGAAAUUGCGGAAUGGCGAAUGGUACAUGAAUUGGAUGAAAGAAAGGGUAAAGAAUGUAGAACUGAUUGCCUUCACAAGCUGGUGUGCAUUUCCUAUGUAUGAAAUUGAUUUCGGAUGGGGAAAUCCGAUUUUCGCGACGAGUCUUGGUCGGCCUUUCAAGAAUGUGACUGUGUUGACUAGUGAUAGAAAUGGUGAUGGAAUUGAAAUAUGGAUUAACUUGUUGGAGGAAGAUAUGGCUGUUUUUGAGAAUGAUUCAGAGGUUCUUUCUUUUGUUUCUUGAUCAUAAGCUCCAGCCGGGGAGAUUGAACUGUUUUCUGAGAAUUUUAUUCUAAGUUCAUGGCCCUGUUUUAAUUCUAAGCAGUGUUUUAGGAAUAAAUUGGACCGACCGGUUCAAUCAAGUCCACAGCGGAUCAUAGGUCAGUUCGGUUAGAUCUUACCUCAAGAAUAAAAAAAUAUUCAAUUUCUAUGAACCGAAAAAAGAAGAAAUAAAAAGAUUAAAAUCAUUGAACCGAACAACCAAAAAAUAUUAUAUUAUUUAUUUACUAGUUAAAGUGUGAUCUAUUUAUUGGUUUUUAA